AUGAAUGAUGCGUCGUCUCGCUCCCAUGCAAUUUUUACACUGACGAUUGAGAAAAGGGGCGAAGAAACAAGCUCGAAGCUGCAACUUGUGGAUUUGGCAGGUUCGGAAAGGCUGAAAAAGACGCAAGCCGAAGGGGAACGGAUGCGAGAAGGGAUCAAUAUAAAUGAAGGAUUGUAUGUAUUGGGCGCGGUUAUUUCGGUGCUGGCAGACAAGCCAAAGGAAUAUGUACCCUAUCGCGAUAGCAAAAUUACGCGUGUCCUUCAAGAUUCUCUUGGCGGUAACAGCUACGCCGUUAUGAUUGUAUGCGUUUCGCCGGCCGAUACAAACGCUUCGGAAACAGCACAAGCGCUGAGAUUUGCAAGCCGAGUGAAGCAAGUGGAGAACAAACCAAUCGUAAAUGUUGAUCCGAAGUUAGCGUAUAUUCGAAGUUUAGAAGAGGAGCUGGCAAGACGACGUGCCGGAGACACGUAUGUUGUUUUUAUCAAGUCAGUGUGUUUUUCAGUGUAA